AAGAUUCUGUUUUUUUUUAAUAUAUUAAAUAAAAUAAUAUUUAAAAAAAUAAUUUUUUUUUUUGAAGACCAUAUUUAAAAAAAAUAAUAUAAAAGCUCUUUUCUCGGGUGUUCCUUUUUCCGACAAAGUGUAAGUCAAACGUUUCAAGAGUCAAGUCUUUUGUGGUUUUCUUCCUUUCUGUAUUUGAUUGAUAUGGUCAGAACAAAAAACAGAAAGAAAGAACAAGAGAGAUUCGCAUUCCAUUUUUCGGUGGUUGCAGGUCAAAAUUUGUUUCUUCUUCGAUUAGGAAACUCAGUCACAGCGCGUUGAUCUUUGCCAUUGCUCUAUGAAGAAAGAGUGUAUAUAUUUACAGGAUCUUCACCGCUAUUCACCACCAUCUUCUAAAACCUUCCAACUCCUUAGAGUUUUCUUCUUUCUGAAGCUUCGUUUUAGAGUGUUACAGAUAAGAUGCAGAGACCUAACUCUUCCUCUUCUUCUUCUUUGAAUCCUUCUCCCAUCCGCUUCCCAGUUCCCUUCACCGGAAAUAGAGUCGGAACUCCUCCUCCUCCUCCCAUCCCACCGACCUUUCAACCCAAACACUCCUUGCCGGCGGCGGCCGUGGAGGAGAGAACCGGCGCCGUGUUCAGCCCUUCUCUGCCUCCGUCGCCCUUCACCAUGCAUCACUCUCCUUCAAGGGUGGUGGCAGGCGGCAGCGGGAAUCUACCGCCGAGAAACUCUCAUAGGCGUUCCAAUAGCGAUCAUACAUUUGUGUUUAGCUCCAUGUCGCCUCCGUUGAUCCCUUCCAAGUCUUUGGAAAGAUCAGUCUCGAGCUGCGGGGAGGCUUCAGAUUGGUCUAAGUUGGUCAAGGAGGAAGAGCGCAGAACGUUUUCAGAGGGCUACGACGAUGCUUUAAGGGCGUAUAUGAGACUUGACAAACUUGAUGCGGAGAGAAAUAGAGGGAGGACGAGGAAGAUGACGAACGGUGGAAGCACCGGUGGUGACUCUGAAGGUGAGAGCAACGUGAAGAGGAGAGCCGGCGGAGACAUUGCUCCCACCAGUGGACACUACCGGAGUGUUUCCCUGGACAGUUGCUGUUUCCGUGAAGAUGAUUAUAGUGUCCGAUUUGGAAAGUAUGAGUUUAGUGCAGGUGACAUGAAGAAGAUCGCGGCAGAUGAGACACUUGCUGGGAUUGUUAUGGCUGACCCUAAGCGUGUUAAAAGGAUGUUGGCGAACCGCGCGUCUGCUGCACGUUCAAAGGAGCGGGAGACGCAAUACAUAGCGAAGUUGGAACACAAGGUGCAGACUCUUCAGAUUGAGACCACUACUUUAUCAGCUCACCUCACUUAUUUGCAGAGAGAUAAUAUGGGGUUGCAGAACCAGAACAGUGAGCUCAAGUUUCGUCUUCAAUCUAUGGAGCAACAGACACAACUUCGCAAUGCUCUGUCUGAGAAACUGACUGAAGAAUUCCAGCGAUUGAGUCUGGUGAUUGGUGUGCCGAACCGCAGCGAAUCCAACAUAUCAAACGCGUCACUAACUCCGGAGAUGUUUCAGCAGCAGCUUAGGAUUAGCCAGUUACAACAUCAGCAUUACAAUGAAUAGUCUAACCAACUUAUGUGAUCCGCAGUUUCUUCAUAUAUGAUAAACUAUCUUUAUAUGUGGAGAGUCUGUUUCUUUUUUCUUUCGAAUAUUUAUACAAAACAUUAUAAUGAGUAUGCCCGGCAAUUUUGAUCAUAUAUCCUGAAACAUUUACAUAUAUACAUAUGGUGAUAAAAUGAAGGCUCCUCCUUUUGGACAGAGUGAUCUUCUGUCGUUUUGGUCAUACUGCAGUUUGGAUUUGAACUAUUCAUUUAAAACAUCGUCUUCUCUCAAACAAUUUGGCUUUCCCUUUUUAAUGUGUUUAACAACAUAAUCAAAGGUGUUUGAAAUCGUAACUCUUUUGGUUAUGAUGAACUAACAGCAAACCUUUAUAUUUUCUUUGAAAGAUUAUCUAAAUUGUUAUUGAUACCUAAGCCAACACUACACUCAUACAUGGGUAAAGUUUCUUUGAAUUAAUUUUUGUCUACUGGUUCCUAACCCACACUUCUACCGAAUUAGGUAAACGGAACUCAAAAGACUCAUGAUAAUAUUCUUUAUAUCCUCCUCUGCCAUCACUGACUCUUUUCCUAUUGGUAAUGUAUUUGUAUGUUUAAACGAAAAAAAAAUAAAGGAAACUCGUAACUUAUGUAAUGUGAGAAAACUAGUGAAUGGAUCCAGCUCCAAGGUUGUAAUCAAAUAUCUUCCAUCUCAUAGAAAACAAAGGGAAGACAAGGGUCUAUGUACAAUACGUGAAACUAAAGAAUUAAACAUCCUCAGGGUUGUGAUCUUACACACGCCACCACAUAAACAACAACAAAAUAUAAGAACCAAUAAGAACCAGAAACUUCCUACUAUUACUGAAGUUGGAGGUUGUGAUUACCUAUUAGAUGAUGAACUAACAUCAAAGUUUUAUAGCAUUUCCAAUGUAUUUUUUUUUAAACAGAGUAACUCCAUAACAAAAUUGGAUUUGACUCUAACCCUAAGCCAUUUCGGAAUAAAAAAUUAAGUAGGUUGGAGCAUUUCUUACACUGAAGUGGAAAAUGAAGUGAGGUUAGAGAUGAUUUUUUUUUUUGAAAUAUUAUUAAAUUGCUGGUGAUACCUAAGCUAACACAUUCAUUCGUAUCUAAAGUUUCUUGAAUUAUUUUUUUUCUUUAUAGAGUUUCAUCUAGAGUGUUAUGUUUUAAUUGGGUUUCGAGCUAGAUUUGAGAUAUCUAAUUUUUUAUAUAUGUGAUCCGCUCCAUUUCAAUUAAAUACUUAGAUUUGUGAUAUGUUUGGAUUUGAAAAUUAUAAGUAUUCAGAUAUAUGGAUAUUCAAUUUUUUUGAAUAUUCACAGAUUAUUUGAUUCGAUCGGUUAAUUAUAUAAAAAUAAAAAAUAAAUAUAAUACAUAUAACAUGAUUUUUUUUAAUAAGCACAACAUCAUAAUAAAUAAUAAAUAUAUAUAAAGUAGAACAUUCUCUUCUCAUGAUGAUAUGAUACCUCAUCAAGAGGCUUGCUAAAAAUUUGAAACCUACUCAUUUUAACUACUUCACAUGUUCUCGUCUUUAUUAUUUAGACCAAAUUUAUUAACAAAAUAGAUUUUUAAAAACAAGUAAAGAAAAUUAAGAAUAACAAAAUUAAAGAAAUUUGUUUAUGAUAUUUCUUUUCCACUUUUCACCAAACCCACAACAACCAAAAUCCGAAAAGCGAGUCAUAUAGAUUUUCCCAUCGCUUUGAAAACCUAAUAAGUAACAAAAUGAUAAAAGCAUAAUCAAAGAUUACUACAUAACUAUAACUAAGACAAUUGUUUUAUUUAUUUAUUUUUUAAAAAGAAAAAAAAUAUAUAAUAAAAAUACAUAAUAUAAUCUAAAAUACAUAAAUUUUAAGAAUGAAUAGGAAAAAUUCAUAAAGUUCCAACCAGAGUAAAUGAUUUUUUUAAGUAGUGUAUCUUUUGGAUUUUUUUUUUCCUUUUAUGGUCACAAAACUUAAGUUAAAAAUUAACAAAAAAUCAUGAAAAAUCACACUUAGUAAUUAGUACAUAAUUAAAAUUAAUAUUCAAAAAAUGGUUGAAUAACAACCAACAAAAGAUGAAAACAAUAAAUUUCCACAAAGCAUGAAAAAUCUUUAGAACAAUCACAAAAUACGUAAAUGAUAUAAAGUGCACAUCUAUAUAUUAUAUCCAAUCAAAUAUAUAAAACCUACCCAACUUAACGCUGAUUUAUUAAAGCAUUAAUGAAUAUUUAGUCAAAUCAUUGGACUAAAAAGCUUCCACCUAACUUCUUUUUAAUGUAAUGAAUAAAGAGAAAUGAAGUCUUUAGUCAAACCGUAUAUAUUAUUAGCAUAUUUGGAAAUACACACAAUACAAAAUGACAUGGAAAAAAAAAUGACUAUACACGAUAAAUCAAAUGAAAAAAUACUUUAAUAUAUAUAUAUAUAUAUAUAUAUUCUCAUUUCAACUUCCAUGUAAGAAAACUAGUCAACAAAAUAAGAGAAUGAACUUAUGUUUCCGGUAAACAAAAAAUUAACGAAAAUAACAUAAAAUAUUAAAAAUAGGUAAAAGAAAAUUUAGAAUAAAAAAAUUGUUUAUGAUAUUUUCUUUUCCAAAUUUCAUCAAACCCAUGAUAAAAAUAAUAAUAAAGAAAGAGUGCAUCACAUAGAUUUCCCCCAUAGCUUGAGAAACUAUAACAAAAUGAUGGAAUCACAAUAAAUGAUCACUAUAUAAAUAAAACAUAAUUUUUUAAAAAUAAUUAGAAAAACAAAACAUAAUAAAUAAAAUAAUAUAACCCGAAAUAUAAAAAAAUUAAGAAUAAAUAGGAAAAAAUAUAAAAGCCAAAAGUAGGUAAUCCAUUUAGGAUUUUUAUUUUUUUCACGUUGCAUCAAAGCAAUGUGAAUGAUCAUUGAACUUUUUUCUCCCUUUUAUACUCACAAAGCUCAAGUUUAGAAAAAACUAUAAAAAUUCAUGAAAAGAACUACAAUAAAUAAUUAAAUAUAUAAUUAAAAUUAAUAUUUUAAAAAUAGUUGGGAAAACAAACAACAAAAAGUAAAACAAAAAUUUGGGCAGCGCACAUAAAAACUUUAGAAAAAUAAAAAAAAUAAGUGAAUGAUAUAAAA